GAGAAGGACAAGAGCUGCGGACCUGAAGCCACUCUGUUGACUUGUAGUCAAGCCCGCCUCUCCAAGUGCAGAAACUCCUCCCAGGACGACCCAGCUCUAACUGGGACCAGACUCUUUCCCCAGCCAGUGAGUCCCGCCACUGCCUGCUCCCAGUUUCCACCCCAAAGCCGAGAUGUCUGGGCUCUGGCUGGUGCCCCUCGGUCAGAAACUGCUGCUCUGGAGCGCACUGAGCGCCGUCUCCCUGUCUGGCACCAUCCUCAUCGUGAACCUCCUGCAGAUGCUGGCGAGAUAUGCUCGGAAAUGGCUGCAAAUGAGGGCCAUUCCGACGGUGGCUGGUGCCUACCCUUUCGUGGGACAUGCUUUGAUGAUGAAGCCUGACCCGAGAGAUUUUUUUCAGCAGUUGAUUUAUCACUCAGAAGAAUACCGACACAUGCCACUGAUGAAACUCUGGAUUGGCCCAUUGCCAAUGGUGGCCCUUUAUAAUGCAGACAAUGUGGAGACCAUUUUAACUAGUUCAAGACAAAUUGACAAGUCUUAUAUAUACAAGUUUUUGGAACCAUGGCUUGGUCUAGGACUUCUUACAAGCACUGGAAAUAAAUGGCGCUCUAGGAGAAAAAUGCUCACACCUACUUUCCAUUUUACAAUUCUGGAAGACUUCUUAGAUGUCAUGAAUGAGCAAGCAAAUAUAUUGGUUAGCAAGCUUGAAAAACAUGUUAACCAGGAAGCAUUUAACUGCUUUUUUUACAUCACUCUUUGUGCCUUAGAUAUCAUCUGUGAAACUGCGAUGGGGAAGAAUAUUGGUGCUCAGAGUAAUGAUGAUUCCGAGUAUGUCCGUGCAGUUUAUAGGAUGAGUGAUUUAACAGUUCAAAGAGUGAAGAUGCCUUGGCUCUGGCUUGACUUUAUGUUUUAUAUGUUUAAAGAUGGAUGGGAACACAAACGGAGCCUAAAGAUUCUACAUAAUUUUACCAACAGUGUCAUUGCUGAACGGGCCAAUGAAAUGAAGAGAAACGAAGAAUGUAGAAAUGACAACAGGGGCCCUUCCAAAAAUAAAUGCAGGGCUUUCCUUGACUUGCUUUUAAAUGUAACAGAUGAUGAAGGAAACAAGCUAAGUCAUGAAGCUAUUCGAGAAGAAGUUGACACCUUCAUGUUUGAGGGUCAUGAUACAACUGCAGCUGCAAUAAACUGGUCCCUGUAUCUGUUGGGUUCUUAUCCAGAAAUCCAGAAAAACGUGGACAAGGAGCUGGAGGAAGUGUUUGGGAAUUCUGAUCGUCCUGUUACCUUAGAGGACUUGAAGAAACUGAAAUAUCUGGACUGUGUUAUUAAGGAGACCCUUCGCCUUUUUCCUUCUGUUCCUUUAUUUGCCCGUCAUCUUACUGAAGAUUGUGAAAUUGCGGGUUAUAAAAUUAUGAAAGACUCUGAAGCUGUUGUCUUCACCUAUGCUCUGCAUCGAGAUCCAAAGUACUUCCCAGACCCUGAAGAAUUCAAGCCAGAAAGAUUCUUUCCUGAGAAUUCACAAGGACGCCAUCCGUAUGCCUAUGUGCCUUUCUCUGCUGGACCCAGAAACUGUAUAGGUCAAAAGUUUGCCAUAAUGGAAGAAAAGACCAUCCUUUCCUGUAUCCUGCGGAAGUUUUGGGUAGAAUCCAACCAGAAAAGAGAAGAACUUGGUCUGGCAGGGGAACUGAUUCUUCGUCCAAGUAAUGGCAUCUGGAUCAAGUUGAAGAGGAGAAACACAAAGGAGUUCUAACUAUGUUACUGACUAUGCUUUUAGCAUGGAAAGGGUAACUCCCCAAAGAGACUUUGCCAUCACAGUGUAUAAAUAUAUGUCAGAAGUUCAGUACUCUUAGUCCCCAGAACUAACUUUUCUUAUCCCUAUAUGUCAAAGGGUAAAGUCAAUCCAAGGGAUUUUUUUUUUAUACUUCAUCACGGUCACAGGCAUACUCCUCCUUUUAGUCCCCAAAGUCAAUGAAACUGAUAUUGUUGUCUAAGUAAACCCAUAACAGUUUCUCAUGAAAGUCAAUUACAAUCAAAUCCAAUUUCAAAUAGCACACACAAAGGAUAUCUAGAAAAGUUUAAAGGUAUUCUUUUUAACUGUGGUAUGUGUAUAUGCAUAUAUAUAUUUACACAUUUACUUUGAGAGGUAUGUAGUUAAAUUAAUCUCAAGGUUCUAAACAUUAUGAUAAUGAUGAUGACAGAGAGAAGUAGGGGAGAGGGGAAAGAGAGAGACACCUGCAACAUUGCUCCAUUGCUUGUGAAGCUUCCCCACUGCAAGUGGGACUGAACAUGAAGUUGGGCCCUCAUAUAUGGUAACUUGUGCACUUUACUGGUUAUGCCAACAUUUGGCCCCUGGAUAAGUUUUUAAAAUUAGUGCAGUGACAUCUCAUGUGGGAAAAAUAAUAAGUCAAUUCUCAGGUACUUUUCCUAUCUUCUUGUUUUGUACUAUGUACUUAAAUUGUUGUUUAAUUUUUGUAGGAUGACAGAUGCCUUACUAUUGUUAUAUUAUUGUUAUAUUUUUCCUAGUCUCUAAUUUUGAUGCAGUGCCUUAUUGAGUUGACUAAUGGAUUUUGGAGCUAUGAGGACCUUAAAAUUAUUAGUGAUAUUCUUUUUUUUAUUAUUAAAAAUGAAAGAAUGAGAGCAAUGAGAAGGUAAAUUUCUGUCUAGGACUAUCGCUCUGGUGAGUAACAAGGAAAUAAAAGAAAAUAUUCAGAUUGGGAAAGGUGGAAAUGUACCUUUGUGACAACAACAAGCUUGUAUAUCAACAUUCCCUCAAUAAACUGACACUGAAGUUGAAAAAAUAAAGUUCUGGCCUUAAAGUCUC